GGUGUCAUGGCGGCAAGGGAGGAAGACUCUCGUCGGCGCCUCGCUCGAGCAUGCGCAGGAGGCUGUCCCGGGUAGGAAGGGAGCAUGCGUGCCCGGGAGAAGGAAGAACGUGGAUUCGUCCUUCAAGCCGCAGAAGCAGCAUGCAGGCAGCGCUGGAGGUGACCGCGCGCCAUUGCCGCAAAGAAGCAGAGCAGUACGGCCAGUGUGUCGCUGCCAACCCUUCCUCCUGGCAGCAGGACUGCCACCAGCUCAAAGUGGACAUGGCCAAGUGCACCUCUUCCCACCCAAUUGUACAGAAGAUUCGCCACGAUUGUGCUGAACCAUUUGCUGCAUUUGAACAGUGUCUUAAGCUAAACCAGACUUCUGUGGUCAACUGCACUGAACACGUCCAGCAGUUUCUGCUCUGCGCGGAAAAGGUGAAACUGGCUGUGUAAGUCCAGUAGGGGGAUCCAUGACAACCCAGCCAUUUUCUGGAGUGCCGGUGGAAUGGGAGAUCCCUGACAGCAUCACUCAUGUCCUCAAGACCUUAACAGGACACAGGAAUUCUUUGCAGCCCCAGAGACUGUUUGCUCAGCCACAUCUGCCAACGUCUUCUCAGUUUGGCGUGUUGAAGCACAGCUCUUGAUCAGUAAGCCAUGGAAGCUGGCACUGGCGCGACGGCGGCAUCUCGACUUGUAUCUACGAAGCCGGAACUGCCUCUUGGAGUCCGCUGUGUAUAUUUUGCUGGGCCUGGAGCUUCCCUAGGCAUAGUGCAAUAAACUGCAGUUGGAGACCAAAAAUAA